AUGCUCGAGUUUCGCACUGAGGGAUUCAAUGGAUGCGCUGUGAAAUACUCUCCCUUUUUCGACUCACGGCUAGCUGUUGCGGCUUCGGCAAACUUCGGACUCGUUGGAAAUGGGCGAUUUUACAUCCUUGAUCUUACCCCGCAGGGUAUCGUCCCUUUAAAAUGGUAUACAACGCAAGACGCGUUGUACGAUCUGGCCUGGUCCGAGAUUCAUGAAAGCCAGGCCCUCGUGGCAUCUGGCGACGGAAGUAUAAAGCUGUUCGAUUUAACCGUAGAUGAAUUCCCCGUUCAGGCGUGGAAGGAACACACAAGAGAGGUCUUCUCCGUGCACUGGAAUCUGGUGGCCAAAGAUCGAUUUUGCUCGAGUAGCUGGGAUGGCACGGUCAAGAUCUGGGCUCCAGACAGGCCGACUUCUCUACUCACUCUUCCAACGCAUAGUUGCACCUACUCUGCUGCGUUCUCGCCUCAUUCUCCUGAUAUUAUAUCCUGUGUGACUUCCGAUUCAUAUGUCCGUGUCUUUGAUCUACGGACCCCCGCAUCGGCCUCGAACCAUCUUACCGUUCAGAUACCAAUCCAUGGAGCUGGUCAAACACCCGUCCCUACGAAUCCCGGUCUACCAAUGGCUCCAGCAUCGUCUCCGCCGUCAGAGGCUCUUACCCAUGAUUGGAAUAAAUAUCGACCUUCAGUCCUUGCAACUGGUGGUGUUGACAGGACGAUUCGCACAUUUGAUAUCCGGGCCCCCCAACAAGGGCCUCUUUGCGCUAUGAUUGGCCAUGAAUAUGCCGUUCGAAAGUUAACAUGGUCCCCUCACCUUUCUCACGUUCUCCUCAGUGCCAGCUACGAUAUGACGUGUCGUGUUUGGACCGACGGAACUGACGUCGCACCUCCCGGAGAUGCAGACCCAAUGAGAGCUGGACCGAUGGCUACAAUGGGCAGAGAGUUAGGCCGAAUGGGUAGGCAUACAGAAUUCGUCACUGGUGUCGAUUGGUGUCUUUUCGGUAGCGAAGGCUGGUGUGCAAGCUGCGGCUGGGACGAAAGACUGUGUGUUUGGGAUGCACGGGCCGUUAUGGCAUAG